ACAAUUUCGACUCUCCAUCUUAUCAGCAAUCAUCAAUCAACAAGUAUCUCAAUAUCAUCAACAAGCAUAGAAGAAUUAAUCUAGAAUUCAAGAAAACCACAUUCAAAUCCAUCUGAAACUCGAAAAGAAACCGAAACCCGAAAAAAAACUUGCAAAACACUCAAUCAUUAAAAUCAUCAUCACAAACUCAGAAACAAAUCAGGAACAAAACCCAACCAAACGAAAGGAAAAAAAUGAAGAAAAUGUUAUGUAUGAUAGGUUUUUGGAUAGGUAUAAUGAUCCAUCAAAUCCAAUGUAUUAAAUUUGAUUUAAUGGCUGAAUUUGUACCUACACCUCGAUGUAUUUGGUACUACGCAAUGGCUGAUACAUUAGUAGUGAUUUCAACUAAUAUUGAAGCGAGUGAUGAAUUUCAAAGUAUGGAUUUAGAAAUCGUUGAUGGAUCGGUUCAUCGAAACAUUUAUCAAAGUAAAAAAGGGAUCAAUGGUGAGACCAGAAUAGCUAUCACCACACACAACGAUGCAGAUCUAGGAGUAUGUUUCACCAACACACUUUCCCGAAGUGUAGAGUAUUCUAGAUUACCAUUGAAAAGAACUAUUGAUUUAGAUGUUGAUAUUGGAGCUGAUGCAGUAGAUUAUAAUGCGAUUGCUAAGGCUGAAUCUUUAUCUGGAUUAGAAGUCGAGAUGAGAAAGUUGGAAGGCAUCAUUCGGGAAAUUGUGGAAGAAUUAAAUUAUCUUAAGAGACGUGAAGCUAAGAUGAGAGAUACUAAUGAAUCUACUAAUUGGAGAAUUAAUAGGUUUGCAAUCGUGACGAUUACUGUUUUGUUUUCUUCUGGUCUUUGGCAAAUUUGGUAUUUACGUAGAUUCUUUAAACGUAAAAAUUUAAUUGAAUAAAAUCAAACCAAAACUUUUUUGAUUGUUUUUAUGAUGAAAGAUAUGCCAAGAAAUGAUAGAAAGAAAAUGUGAUUAAGAUAGUGAAUUGAAAUUAGAUAGAUAUAAACUGUUUGUGUUUGUUUGUGAAGUGUUGGAUUGGUGCAAGGUUCUUUUUCAUUUUUUUUCAUGAUUUUUUUUCUUAGACUUUACAUGAUCUAUUUAGAGAACUCUUGCAAUGAUUUUUUCAACGGUUGGUUUGAUGGUUUGGAUAGG